AGGUAAACAGGAGCAAAUUCGACAAAAUCAGACAUGAGGAAAGGUGGUAAGCGAAAGCGAGAAGAUGAUGAUGGUGACGUUUCCAUGCAUGGUGACGAUGAGGAUAGCCGAAGUGGCGUUGCUGUGAAGGUUGAACCACCUAAAGGUCGCGAAAAAGAUCCCGAAUUCUCUGCUCCCAAGGGCCAGAAGCUUACAGAUUUAGACGACGAAUCGCAUCAUGCUGCUGGAAAGGAAAGCGAGGGCAAUGUGAUUGAACAAACCCAUUAUAUAGUUGUUCCAUCAUACGCGUCUUGGUUCGAUUACAAUGCGGUGCACCAGAUAGAAAAGCGAGCCGUACCAGAAUUUUUUAAUGGCCGUAACAAAAGCAAAACACCGGAAGUGUACCUAUCGUAUCGCAACUUUAUGGUCGACACUUACCGGCUUAAUCCAUUUGAAUACCUUUCUGCCACAGCAUGUCGAAGAAAUCUUGCUGGUGAUGUCUGCUCAAUUGUCAGGGUGCACUCAUUCCUUGAGCAAUGGGGCUUGAUAAACUACCAGGUGGACUCAGAUGCUCGUCCUGCACCGAUUGCUCCUCCACCGACUAGUCAUUUCAUGGUUUUGGCUGAUACUCCUACAGGUGUUCAGCCGAUAUGCCCUGUUGUGUCGAACUUUGCACCGGAGAAAAAGGAUGAAGAUGCUGAGAAAACGCCUAUUGAUAAGUUGUCUAAUGUAGGACUCAAGACCGAUCAGUAUCAAAAACAACUCGCAGCUAUGAAAACUAAGGGAGCUGCUCCAGGACGUGAUUGGACUGAUCAAGAGACGCUUUUGCUGCUUGAAGGUUUGGAGAUGUUCAAGGAUGACUGGAACAAGGUAUCCGAUCAUGUUGGAUCGAGAACUCAGGAUGAAUGCAUUCUUCGAUUCCUUCAGUUGCCCAUUCAAGAUCCAUAUCUUGGAUCAGACGAAGCAAAUGGUCCUGGAAGUGGUGACUCUAUCUUAGGACCUCUGGCCUUCCAACCCAUUCCUUUCUCCCAGUCGGGCAACCCGGUGAUGUCCACGGUAGCGUUUCUAGCAUCCGUGGUCGAUCCAAAAGUUGCACAGGCAGCCACGAAGGCAGCGAUUGAAGAGUUCGCCAAGAUAAAAGAUGAGGUGCCGGCAUUGAUGGUCGAAGCACAUGCGCGAAAUGUACAAGCGCACGAGGAGAAAACAGGCGUGCUCGAUGGAACCGUAGGUCUAUCUAAAUCCGGGAUCGCUACUGACGAGAAAAAGGAAAAGGAAGAGGGCGAGAAGAUGGAGACGGAUGAGAACGCGAAAAAAGCAGAUGAUGCUACCAUCGAGCACGCAGCUAAAGUGGCUGUAAGCGAAAAUGUCCAAGCUGCUGCUGCGGCUGCUCUCGCCGCUGCCGCAGUAAAAGCUAAGCACCUCGCCACCAUCGAAGAACGCCGAAUCAAGUCAUUGGUGGCUCAGUUGGUGGAGACUCAGAUGAAAAAGUUGGAAAUGAAGUUACGGCACUUUGACGAGCUAGAGCAAAUUAUGGAUAAAGAAAGAGAGGCUUUAGAGUAUCAGCGCCAGCAGCUUAUUCUUGAACGACAAGCUUUCCACAUGGAUCAGCUAAGAUAUUUGGAGCAACGUGCUAAGCAUGAAGCACAUAGUAAAAUGGUAGCAGCGGGGCAAUUGCCAGCAUCGUUACCACCUGGAUUUGAAGUGAGUGGUCCUCCUCAACCGACCCCACAAGUGCAAGUAGCUGUUCCUCCUGCUCAUGAACCGACUACAGAAAAGACGAAUGAGGCGUCGGCAGAAGCUGCUGCAGCUGCGGCACGAGCCUCUACACCUGGGCAACCACCAGCUGUACAGCAGCAGCAGAUUCCGGCAUCUCAGCAACAACAGCCUGCAGCGCCUCCUGCCGCCCAGCCCCCACCUCAAACAUAUCCUCCUGCACCUGCAGGUGUUCAACAACCAGGAGGAUAUCCUCCUCAACCUUACCCUCCUCAAGCUUACGCCCAACAGUCACAGGCUCAAGGCGCUUAUCAGGGAUAUCCUCCUCAACAAGGAUAUCCACCGCAGCAAGGCGGUGCUCCCGGCUAUUACGGACAGCCACGGCCGGCCGCAUAUGCCCCACCACAGCCAGGCGGUUAUCCUCCACAGCAGCGGCCACCGUAUCAAGGGCAGCCACCUAACGCAUAUGCAGCACAGCAGCAAAGACCGGGUGCCUACCCAGGUUAUCCUCCUCAAGGGCAUCCUGGUUAUCCUCCUCAGCAGUACGCACAACCGCCUGCUGGCUAUCCACCACAACCGCAACCGGCGCAGCCACCUCAGCUUGACAUGGCUGAUGCAGCCACUCCGCCUAUGCAUCAAGGGCAACCCGGCGAGGUGAAACCUUCGGAAUGAAUAACGUGAUAUUUAUAUUACGAUGAAUAAUUUCCUCUUGUCACCAAAAAUCUUUUAAUCUGCCCCUUGUAGUCGAGCAGAACAUCCAUCCUUCCGUCAGUUACAUGCUGUUAUGUGAUCGCUGUUCGUUUGACGUGGUUAAUCGUUUGCGUCUUGUGAGACGGUUCACUGCUUCUAAUUUAUUCUCUUGUAUUAUAUGACCGGUUCUCACAUUAUCAAAGUUGAAGGUCUCCGUUUCUUCCCCCUUCCCACGCAUAUUUUUGUAGGUUUUGUUUGUGCAAAUUUCAUAACUUCAUUCUUGUCUCU